CCUUCACCGACAAGCUCUUGCUACUACUAUUACUCAUUCAAUUACGAAAGCCAGCCUUCAUCAGCCUCUUCCCCAACGAGCUCUUACUUCUCUCACUACUUUUCUCAUUACUCCUUCAAUUCAAUCAGGAUUGCCUCAGUCUUCGACCAAGCGGCAAAUACAACCACCAUUACAAGGCAAAAUGGGUUCUUCUCACUCAGUCACCUCUAAGCCUGACGGCUACUACGGCCUCGCCGCCAUUAGCGCCCAUGCACGUCGGAUCCGCUCCACGACAGACGAUGCCGAGGACGUCCUUCAUUUCGCGAUGUCCCAGCAAGACAGAUUCCACCACAUCUUCGACGAAGAAUCCGAGGCUGAAUACCAUAUCCGGCGAGGUUGGGAGAUGGACAAGCACCUGGCCUGCCAGACACUUACUGGUCGACAACUCCGCCAUUCCCUCCGCGAUAUGGAUCGCGAGAUGACCCACCAGCUCCGAGUCAGUUACAACAAGUUCCGCAACCGCAAGCAACGCGCCCUUGCCCAGUUCAAGUAUGAGUGGAAAAACCAUGAGGAUGCCAGACAUUAUCCUUACUGGGGCAAGGAGCUGUACUGCUAAUGGACUACCAUAAUAAAACCAUCGAUAAGGUUGGAUCAGUUGGCAUUGAAAGAAAGGGUGUGAGAUGUCAAAAGUAUAGUUACAUGGGACAUCGAUAAUUAGGAGAGAGGUUUUCUGGUUCCCCUUAGGGAAUGGCAUAUAUUAAUUACGCA